GCGGGACCACGGCCCGGGUGCUGCUGCAGGAGAGAGACGAACGGACUCAUCGCCCUGCCAGAGAGCACCCCAAAUGCAUGGCGGAGAAGAGAAUAAUAAGGAACUCUCAGCAGGCUGAUACAGAACAUUUAUCUAGAUGGAAGAAGUGGAGAAGAACUAGCAGUAAAUCAUUGAAAAAAGCACUCAGUGAAAUCAAAGGCUUGUCAUCUUACCUGGUGCUUUGGCGACAUGAUAUUCACAACAUAGAAGGGAAAUUUGGUACUGGCAUCCAGUCCUACUUCUCCUUCCUGCGCUUUCUGGUCCUGCUGAACUUUAUAAUUUUUAUCCUGAUGUUCAGUUUUGUUACUCUUCCCACCAUAAUUUCUAAAUAUGGAAUAUUCAACAGUACCGUUGCUUACUUUUCUCCAAAGAACAUAGAGAGUAUCUGCACAAUUUAUGAACCUAGUGGUAAUAAGGGACUUGUUUACUUCUAUACUUACCUCAAAGAUUUGCUCAGUGGCACUGGAUUCCUUGAAGUGACAAGUUUGUUUUAUGGCUAUUACUCAAUAGAUGCUGUAUGGAUCAGUAUGAUGAGGUACAACUUGCCACUUGCAUACCUGCUGGCUACAUUUGCCUAUCUUGCCUUAAGUUUCCUCUGGAUAAUAAAGAGGUCUGUGGAAGGCUUUAAGCACAAUUUAGUGCAUGAUGCAGACCCGUUUCAGAGUUACUGUAACAAAGUCUUUGCAGGCUGGGACUUCUGCAUCACAGAUCCAAAUGCAGCCCGGCUGAAAUAUCGCAGCUUGCAAUACGAGCUGCAGACAGACUUGCAGGAGGAAAAACUGAAGCAAAAAAUAGCUGAGAGGACAAUGAAAGAAAAGAUAUGCAUCUACUCUCUGAGAGUAUUUAUAAAUAUAAUUGUCAUUGCAAUUUUAUCAGGAUGCUUUUACUCUAUUUAUGGAGUAACUGUCUUCUCUCAAGAAAACUCCAAUAACGCUGACAAUGCUGACUCCCCAGCGAAUCUCUUAGUGCAGUAUUUGCCUUCCAUAGUGAUCACACUGGCCAACUUCAUUGGUCCUCUGAGCUUCUCAUUUCUGAUUAGAUUUGAAGAGUAUACACCAGCCUUUGAAAUCAAGCUGACACUCUUGAGGUGUGUCUUCUUGCGGUUGGCCAAUAUUGGCGUUCUCUUGUUCUCACUGUGGAGUCAGAUCUCCAACUGUGGUAGUGACAAGUGUGAACCCUGUGGAUACAAUUACAAACUCUAUCCUUGCUGGGAAUCUGAUGUUGGGCAGGAAAUGUACAAACUGAUGAUAUUUGAUUUUAUUGUAAUUCUUGCUGUGGCCCUGUUUGUGGACUUCCCCAGAAAGUUGUUAGUUACUCAUUGCUCUUGCAAGCUCAUUCAGUGGUUUGGACAUAAGGAAUUUGAAAUUUCUGACAAUGUCCUGGAAAUCAUUUAUGGGCAGACUAUUUGCUGGAUUGGAACCUUCUUUUCACCACUCCUCCCUGCAAUAGCAACGAUAAAAUACUUCAUCAUUUUCUAUGUUAAAAAGAUUGUUUUGAUACACACACGCAAACCUGCAGCGAGGCCUAUAAGGGCAUCAAGCUCCAACUUUUUCUUCCUGGUGGUGUUGUUGAUUGGACUCCUCUUGGCUUUUGUCCCUCUGGGAGUCAGCAUAGCAUAUAUCCCCUCUUCCAAGGCAUGUGGGCUGUUCAGAAAUUUUAGAACUUCGUGGGAAGUUAUUCCAAAUACAAUUCUUCAGUUUCCAACAGGUCUGCAGCAGAUCUUUUUUGGCAUAGCAUCAGAAGCCUUUGCAGUGCCUUUUUUUGUGAUCCUUUGCAUUGUUAUGUUCUAUGUUAUUGCCUUGGCUCGAGCCCACAAACGAGUGGUUGAACAGCUGAGAGAACAACUGGUUUUGGAGAGCCGUGACAAGAUGUUCCUUAUCAGAAAGAUAGCAGAAGCUCAGAGGUACCCUUGAAAACCACGCAAGCCAAAAGAACUUGACUUCCUGAAACUCCCAGAACAACAAGAUAACUGCAGAAGCAUUUGCAGCUUCUAAAAACUGAGAAGCUGACUGGCACCCUGGGACUAUGGUCUAAGUGGUCUGAACCUUUCUUGAUUAAGCUAGUGGUGCUUAAGGUUUCCAAAACUUGGAAAUUCAGCUGAUUUAUACUGCGUUAGAGCUGUUCAAAAAAGGAUACUUUAAUGCUGAUACAGCUUCAGGGUUGUUGGGAUUUGUUACAUCCCUAUUUUUUCAGGGAGUUUGGGUAAAAUAUGAUCAGAACUGAAACUCUUUUGUACUGUUUUUACAAAUUAUGCUAUAAGAAUCACAUUAGAGGGGAAAGGUAUGGUUUUACAUGUUUUCAAUGCCUUUCUUUUGCUUUGGUUUUAAAAAAGAAGUAUGUAUGGAAGUAUUUUGAAAUAGUGC